AUGUCCGGCAGCUCCACCCUCCUAGCGGCCCUUGCUGGCCGACGCUCCUACUACGCCCUACGUCGCGAAUCCCCCAUCCCUGACUCCAAGAUUAAAUCGAUCCUCAAUCAAAUCGUGCUGCAGACCCCCUCGGCGUUCAACUCUCAGACCACACGUAUCCUGGUCCUGCUGAAACAGGAGCACGGCAAGCUAUGGGACAUCGUCAAGGACUCCCUGCUCACCCGCAUCGGGGCUGAGCGGUACCAGAAGACCGCCCCCAAGAUCGACGGCUUCCGCGCCGCUUACGGCACCGUGCUCUUCUAUGAGGAUCAGACCGUGGUCGCAGACCAUAAGGCCAAGUUCGCAUCGUAUGCGGAACACUUCGAGGCCUGGUCGGAACAGACCAGCGGCAUGCAUCAGCUGAUUGCGUGGACGGCGCUCGAGACGGAAGGGUUUGGCGCCAACUUGCAACACUACAACCCUAUCAUCGACGAUAAGGUCGCGAGCACCUUCGAGGUGCCUGCGCAGUGGAAGCUGCGGGCGCAAUUGGUGUUUGGCGUGCCGGAGGGCGGACCACCACCGCCCAAGGAGAAGAAGCCCUUGGAGGAGCUCAUUCGCGUGGUGGGAGAUGACAGUAACUGA